UCUUGGCUCCCGGACUGGAGGCGCGCAGGCGGCUGCAGCGCUGCUGCUGCGCGGCCGGUCUAAGUUUCGGACUGCCCGGCUGCUCCUGCUCCCUCCUGCAGACGCCGGGCGCUACGGCGCUCCCUGCUCCCAAAGCAGCUGCGGCUUUGGAGGCUCCCAACUCCCAGCCCUCGGAUCCCAGCUCCCAGCUCAGCUGCCUACCCCAGCCUGGAGAAGAAGGAGCCCUGGGGGCGGCCCGCUCGGGGCUUGCGUGAACCUCCAGUCAUGGAGAGGAGUCGGUUGAUACUACAGAGCACUGGACUUGGUGUCAGGAAGAUCCGAGUUCAAGUUUUGAUUCAGACACUUACUAGCGCUGCAAAGAAGAAACAGUGGGAAAAGCCAGAUUUUUCAGGAGUCAACUGCAGUUUCAAGAACUUCAGCCCAGUCCUUCAGGUUUUUACUGAAAAUUAUCCAGUAGAAACGUCUAUAAUCGUGGAUUCUAACAAUGGCCCAAGUAAUAGUCCACCCAAAAAUAGCUCUUGUUGAUGAGCCUUUGCACAUCCGAGUAACUGGUCUGCUCCCUUACCAGUUGGUCCUGCUUCAGGCAAAACUGACAGAUGAAAAAGGAGAGAUCUUUCAGUCUCAAGUCUUCUAUAAGGCUGAUGAAGGUGGAGAGAUAGACCUGGAGCAUGCGGCAGCACUUGGAGGGGACUAUAUAGGCAUCCAUCCCAUGGGCCUCUUCUGCUCCUUGAAACCUAAGAAGCUUUUAUCCAGGCUACUGAAACGGGAUGUGCUAAACAGUCCCUUCCUGGUUCAGCUGUCAGUACAUGAUUCACAAUGUUUUUUCACUGGAUCAUCUAAAUUUCUUAAGACCAGUGAGACUGUGGAGAGAUGGUACUCAGCACCUGGAGUAAAACGAAUCCAGAUAAGGGAAGGUCGAGUUCGAGGAGCUCUCUUCCUCCCUCCAGGAGAAGGCCCUUUCCCUGGAGUAAUUGAUUUAUUUGGUGGCAUUGGUGGACUGAUUGAGUUUCGGGCCAGUCUCUUGGCUAGUCGUGGCUUUGCUACAUUGGCAUUAGCUUACUUUGCCUAUGAAGACCUGCCCAAAGCAAUCGAUAUCCUGGAUAUAGAAUACUUUGAAGAAGCUGCCAAUUUCCUCCUGAGCCAUCCCAAGGUGUGCUUGGUCCCAACCAUAGGCAUAGUUUCAGUGAGCCUAGGGGCCCAUAUCGGAUUGGCGAGGGCAGUAUUCCUGAAGCAGGUGGCAGCUGCAGUCUGCAUCAAUGGUUUUUAUUUUGCAGCUGAACAUAUAAUCAAGUAUAGAAAUGAGACCAUUCACCCACUUAAUUAUGUUCUAGAAGGGAUAAGAAUAAAUGAUUUGGGACUAAUGGCACUAAGUAAUGUUUUAGAAAACCCUCAAGAAGAGACAAAUAAGCAUGCUCUCCUGCCAGUAGAAAGGGCCCAGGGUCAUAUCCUAUUCAUUGUUGGAGAGAAGGACCAGAACAUAAAUAGCAAAGCUUAUGCUGAGCAAGCCAUGGAACAGCUGAAGAGACACGGGAAAAGCAAUGGCACUCUCCUCUCCUAUCCAGGAGCUGGGCACUUGAUAGAGCCUCCCUAUUCUCCCUUGUGUUUGACCUCGUGGAGCCACAUUUCCGUGAGGCCUCUUUUGUGGGGUGGUGAGGCCAUCCCUCAUGGGGAAGCCCAAGAACAUUCCUGGAAAGAGAUUCUGAAGUUCCUCAAAUGUCACCUCAGCCCAGCCAGCAUCAGCAAACUGUGAGGUGAUGGAUACCUCACAGAAGUUUGUCAACCUAGCAAAGCUCAUGGAUCUCUGCUCAAAAUAAUGUUCUGCAAUGCAUACAAUGUAAUAUAAAGGGUUACAAAGGAAAUUGAAUCUAUGGAAAUAAAGAGUCCCCCCGCUCCAUCUGAAUUCAUGGUCCCCCUCAUUUGACAAAUGAGGCAAUGGAGGCCAAGAGAGGGAAAGUGACUUGCCUGACCUAAAAGAGUCUGUGGUCAGGAUUGAACUAGAAAUCCAGGUUAGAGUAAAUAUUCACACCCUUCCUAUUAGAGCUCCCUCUGAGUCUUUUUUUUUUUCUUUUUUGGUGAGGCAACUGGGGUUAAGGGACUUGCCCAGGGUCACACAGCUAGUAAGUGUUAAGUGUCUGAGGCUGGAUUUGAACUCAGGUCCUCCAGAAUCCAGGGCCAGUGCUCUAUCCAAUGCACCACCUAGCUACCCCGAUCCCUCUGAGUCUUAAGUAUUGAAACCAAACUUAGAAACCUCAGACUCAGGGCCAGUUAUGCUGGAUUCGGAGAAUGUCAACUCCAUGAGGAGAAUUAUUAUUUUUCAUUUUUUGUCUUUGUAUCUAUAGUAUUUCUCACAAUACCUUAAGGACAUGUAGUAGUAGUUGAUUGAUAAAUCUUGAAUUAGAUUUAAUUUAAUUAGGAAUUAAUGUGGUACUGUGGAGAGCCAUGUAGCUUAGAAUUACUUGUACCUGAGUUCAAAUCCUAAUUCUGCCAUUUACUAGCUGUGUUGCUUUUGGCCUCAUUUUUCUCAAAGUAAAAUGAGGGGAUUGGACUAUAAAUCAAGUCUAUCACA